UCUGUAUGAGUUUUCAUUUGAAAUAGUAGUGCGACUGGAUUAAUUAUAAAUUAGGCAAUUUAUCAAUUUCACACAUUUUGAAGUAAGUUAAAGCUAUAAUGUUCUGCUUGAGCUCCUUCUUGCGAUAUUAGCAUUUAACUGCAGUUUCCACCUGUAACAUUUUCGCGUCAAUUAAAUUUUGGUAUAAAAUAAUAUAUUCAGAGAACGGAUUCGAUAUGUAAUCAAUAUUUAAAGCACUUCCCAAUAAAUUAAGUGUACGUGAGAAAAAAGCCGGUGACUUCAAACAGCUGGAUGCAAAACUGGACAGGUGACGUCAUAUAAGCAGACAUCGCUUCAGGCAGCGUCCGCCAAUCAGCGUGCGAGACGGCAGACGCGGAGCAUGGACUUACUUGAUGGACACACCCAGACGACCAAUGAGCGGCCUGCUCACAUCAGGCGGGGGCGGGACCUGGGCUGAGCAGAGACUGGCAGCUAUUAAAGUUUAUAGGGAUAAUAGAGAGAUGCCAGUUGGACGCCAGCGCUGUAGGACAUCACCAACAUCUUAACAAGCUCUUCACAUUUGUGCAUGCUUUAUUAAACUCGUCUGAUUUGCUGUGGAGUAAUCUAAGUGAGAUGACGAUCCUGGAGGUGAGCAGUCAGCUGAUCGAGAACACGGUGCAGAAGAUGAGUCUGACCUCAGUGCUGCUCGCCGCUUCUGUGUUCACACUCACUCUGGGAUACCUGAGCAAACUCCUGUUCAGACAGCAGACACACACUGGAGAUCAGAAGUAUCCUCCUCAUAUCCCGUCCAGUAUUCCCUUCCUCGGUCACGCCGUGGCUUUCGGCAAGAGUCCCAUCGAGUUUCUGGAGCGGGCCUACGAGAAGUACGGGUCUGUGGUCAGCUUCACAAUGGUUGGGAAAACCUUCACGUAUCUGCUGGGCAGCGACGCGGCCGCGCUCAUGUUCAACAGCAAGAACGAAGAUCUGAACGCGGAGGACGUGUACGCGCGCCUCACCACACCCGUGUUCGGAAAGGGUGUCGCGUACGACGUGCCCAACCCUUUAUUUCUGGAGCAGAAGAAAAUGCUGAAGACGGGGCUGAACAUCGCACAGUUCAAACGACACGUUGAAAUAAUCGAAGAGGAAACUAUAGACUAUUUCAAACGAUGGGGAGACAGUGGAGAGAGAAAUCUGUUCGAGGCGCUGUCCGAGCUGAUCAUCCUGACGGCGAGCCGCUGUCUUCACGGCUGUGAGAUCCGCCAGAUGUUAGACGAGAGAGUCGCUCAGCUUUACGCCGAUCUGGACGGAGGCUUCACUCACGCCGCCUGGCUGCUUCCCGGAUGGCUGCCGCUGCCCAGCUUUAGACGGAGGGAUCGCGCACAUUUAGAGAUCAAGAAAAUCUUCUACAACGUCAUCAAGAAGCGAAGAGAAGCCACAGAGAAAAACGAUGAUAUCCUGCAGACGCUCAUAGACGCCACAUACAAGGACGGCCGUCCUCUGAAUGAUGACGAGAUCGCCGGGAUGCUGAUCGGCCUGCUGUUAGCGGGACAGCACACGUCCUCCACCACCAGCUCAUGGCUGGGCUUCUUUCUGGCGCGGGACAGAGCGCUGCAGGAGCGCUGCUACAGCGAACAGAAAACCGUGUGCGGAGAACACCUGCCUCCUCUGCACUACGACCAGCUUAAGGACUUGAGUUUGCUGGAUCGCUGUCUGAAGGAGACGUUAAGACUAAGACCACCAAUAAUGACCAUGAUGAGGAUGGCCAAGACGCCUCAGAAAGUGGGAGAAUACACCAUCCCUCCGGGGCACCAGGUGUGUGUGUCUCCGACGGUCAACCACCGUCUGCAGGACACCUGGGCAGAGCGGCUGGACUUCAGCCCCGACCGAUACCUGCACGACAACCCCGCCGCCGAGAAGUUCGCUUACAUCCCCUUCGGAGCCGGUCGUCACCGCUGUAUUGGAGAAAACUUUGCCUACGUUCAGAUUAAAACCAUCUGGUCGGCUAUGCUGAGGCUGUAUGACUUCGAGCUGGUGGAUGGACACUUCCCCGCCGUGAACUACACGACCAUGAUCCACACACCACACAACCCCAUCAUCAGAUACACACGGAGGAAGACACAGUGAUGGGAAGCGUUCAGUUUCUGCUGUUCAUCAUAAUUCAUGUUCAACUAAUACAGCCAUCAAGAGCUUCUACAAAGCACAAGUGUUGAGCUGGUUAACAUGAAUCAGCUUCAUUAGUGACUGAAUUCAUCUGACGUCAAAUGAGAGACUCAGAUCUUCAAAAUUUUGUGCAUUUGUUAUUUAAAAGAUUUUUUAUUGUUACCCAAAGUGACCUGUAUUGCUCGGAUUACCAACAAACCCCGAUCCAAGAGUCAAAAUCACCCGCCUGUAGCCUUUCUGCUGCUACCAGCAAAGCAUGAAAAUAUUUUCAUAUGACUGCACAGAUUACCCCAAAAACAGUAAUGUAUGAAAAGUGUUUAACAUUAAAAUCAUUUCAUGUAGAAAUGGCAGACUGAUGUUUUAUGUUGUGGUUUUGUCACUGAAUGGAUUUUAAAGGUACGCUGAUGAAGAAAAGCUUUUUAUUUGGUUUUAAUUGCUUGCUUUAGUUUUCAAUUUAGUUACAUACCUUAUUACAUUAUUUCAUAAAUACAUAUCAUAUAAUUGAACCAAUCUGUUACCCUUUGUCCUUUACACACAUUUAUUAACCAAUCUUUAAAACCAUAUUGAAAGGCAGGACAUAUGGUAUAUUCCAUAACUUAUCGAUUGCGUUGACUGACAAUUUCUGCCCAUCUCUUAAAAUGUAUUUUAAACUUGAUGUAAUCACUGAGAUCUUGUAUUUCUGAAAAACACACAUAUAGUGCUUUAAAAAUGUUUAUAAUUGCCCACCACCGUAUCAUCAUUUUUUUUUCAAUUAACCUUUUCCAAUUCUCCAUACCAAAUAUCUCCUUCACUUGACACUCAAACCUUCUGGGCAUAAACACAAUUUAUCUCUUCUUUUCCACGGUGUAUCUCUCGGACACAAAGACGAGAACAACUUCUCCUCUUCAAAAAGGCCCGUGUGAUUAAACAGUUUUGUACAGCUUGCCAAGCCAUAUCUUUAUGACAAUUAAAUAAAUCAUCAUUCACAUUCCUCCAAACCAUAAUACAUUCUAAUUCAAUAAGACCUACAGGAGUCAUUUUAAACAAAGCUGGGGAUAACUUUUCCUCUAUUAACUGUCUGUUUAAAGAUGUUCUCUUUAAUAUCGGCAAUAUUUUAUUAUACAUAACUGGUCUAGUUUCAGCAUAAGGAGUAUUUUAAGGCUUUCUCUUCUCUCCACUUGUCGGCUACGAAAAACUACUAUAAUUAGCUACUAUUUCUAGAUUUCAAUACAAGAGAGAGACCCAUAGCAUCCAGUUUAGCUUGUAUAUCGGGACCGAUAAUCUCGAUUUUUCUACAUACAAUUUCAACCUCCCCUGAUUAGAGUUGCAUAAAAAACGAAAUUUUUUUAUUCAAGUUAAAAUCUAUUUUAGAAUUGACAGGGUUGCUAUCAGCACAUUAAAACCUCAAGAUUCCACGCUCGAUUUUUUUUUUUAUUAUAAUUCUGUCUUUAACCGGAUAAUUCGGGGAGAGCGCGAACGCAGUCCCCACUAUCAGAAAUUGUGCAGUUGAGAUUCUCACAUGUGGAGAAUUCAUUAAGGUCAGAGAAGCCGGAGUGCAAUGGCUAAUCCUCGCUUAAGGCGAUCCACCUUCCUGAUCACGGAGGCGCCCCUGCCAGGUAAGUAUGACCGAGAGCGGAUCCGAUCAGAGACUCACUCCGCCGCACACCGAUCACAUCGACGGUGAGGAACAAACAUCACCGCGCUCUUCACACGCGACUCACCGUCAGCUCGCGGAGACCCGCGUCUCGACCGAAUCACGAGUCCGACGAAGCGCGGGAACCAGCUGAGCUUCAGAAAAACACAAACGACGUUCGCGCUGCGCACUAGCGGAAACACGUCACGCGUGACGUCAGCGGCGCGUCUUCAUGUUCAGUUUCGCUGCCAGUAUUUUCACGGGCUGUGUUCGAAAUGGCAUACUUGCUUACUGCCCAGUACACAGUGCACACUACCUACUAUUUUUUUAAAGAAUAGUGUGUGAAACCGUAUACAAUAAGCAACAAAUGUUUCAGAGUAGUAUGCUUAAUUGUCACGACAAACACAAAUAUUAAUUCAGCACAGCUGUCAAGAUUGUUACCUUACAAACAAAUGU